AUGUCCGGACGCGGAAAGGGCGGCAAGGGUCUCGGCAAGGGCGGCGCCAAGCGCCACCGCAAGAUCUUGCGCGACAACAUCCAGGGCAUCACCAAGCCUGCCAUCCGCCGUCUUGCUCGCCGUGGCGGUGUCAAGCGUAUCUCGGGCCUGAUCUACGACGAGACCCGCGGUGUCCUCAAGCUCUUCCUCGAGUCGGUCAUCCGCGACUCGGUCACCUACACUGAGCACGCCAAGAGGAAGACGGUCACCUCGCUCGACGUCGUCUACGCCCUCAAGCGCCAGGGACGCACCCUCUACGGCUUCGGCGCCUAA